AGAACUCAGUUGAUAGCUCACUGGCUGUCAAAAAGUGUGUGUCGUAAACCCUAAUAUCGUAUACCGAUCAUGGCUGUUUCCAGCUGCGUGUGGUUACUAUGUGCGUCUCUGAUCUUCAUUACUACUGCUGUUGGAAUUGAGAAUGGUGCUGUUUUCCGAGUGAGGUCCAGCUUAAUUUGGCAGCAACGGGCAGUUGAUGCUAUUGAUGCUCACCAUCAGCUUAAACCUCCUGAUUCCCAUGGGAUUUACCAUACCGUAAUUACAAUAGGAACACCACCAAUGGAAUACAGGGUGCAAGUGGAUACAGGAUCUGAUAUAUUGUGGAUCGAUUGCCAUAUGAAAGGCUAUCAUGAUGAGCUGGGCCAUCAAUCCAAAUGUUUACGGGAAAGUUGGUGACAUGUGAUGAAGAGAUUUGCAAAGACAUCAAUGGGGCUGGUUGCAAGGCUAAUUAGGCUUUAGAAAUAUUAUCCGUUUGAUAUGUAAUAUUAUUAUUGUUUUAAUCAGGUGUCGUACUAUACAAUCUGGCAACCUAAAUUCUUCCUUUGAUGGAAUUCUUGGUUUCGGAAAAUCAAAUGCAUCCGUCUUAUCACAA